AUGAGCUCGCCAAAAAGUGAUGAAGACUCCAUUUAUUCUGAGACAAGGGAUAAUGAAGAAGAGUGGGGAGAAACGUCUUUCCACGAGUUAUUCGCAGAAAAGCAAGGCCAGACGUAUAUAAAAAAUGGCGAGGGCUGGGUGUUAUUUGGAGAUUUCACUCUUAAAUUUUUGGGGGAAAUGAGUUGUGGCAGCUGGGUGUGCUCAUGUACGGCCCGGGUUCUUGGUCAGUACGAGCAAAGGAGAAUUGUGAUACCAGCCAGUGCGUUUGAUUCAAAACCGAAAUUUCUCGAGAAAACAAGAAACGCAUUCGGUGGCGGCCUGUUCAACAUAAGUGAUGCUAACGUGAGGGAUAUUGAGGCAUAUUACAAUUACCUCAAAGAGGAAUACUACGCAGGGAGUCCCAAAGCGUAUUACGGGGUCGAGCUAAUUGGACGGCAAAAAGAGACAGGCUACUGGUGUCUUUCAAGGGAGAUACAAAUAAACAAUGAUGGCCAGUUUCUUAAGGAAGAAGACAAGAAACACUAUUUUAGCCAAACGGAUCUGACGGAU